AUGAGAAGCAAAUUCUCCCACAAAAUCAGUUACAAUCCUGAACUAGAAGAUGCUGGCACAAUCAGAGUCACGGCCACGAUCUUUGGCGAAGAUAAAAACUUGACAUUCACGACUCUCUCGCUCGCCAAAGACUUCCUAGAUGAUGAGAAUCAUGACGAGUGUAAAAGCAAAGAGGACUUGAAUUACUUCUUGAUGGAAGCUGGAAUCAACGACGAUCUUAUCUAUGAUGCGAUAAUGAAGCUAAUUAUGUAUGUUGAUGAAGUAACUUGUCCCACAAGUAGUGAGUAUUCUCCUGGAUGUGCUUUGAAAGUUCGGCUGGAUCUUGUUCCGGAUUAUCUUGACGUUGAGUGUACCGUAAAGUGGUUUGAGACUAAUUAUGUUUGUCCAUUGUGUCUUGUCGAGUUACCAUGUGAAUGUGAAGAAUGA